AUGUCAGUGGCAGCAUCUGUGACACACUCUGCCUCUAUACUGCCUUCUCUACGGAAAAACCAAGUGGCCUUGAAGGAGGGUAAGAUAAAGUUUCAGACUUGGGCUCAGCAGAAGAGGGACAUGAGGCUGGGGCCAGUGCCAGGAUCUUCAUGUUUCAGUUUGAGGAUUGUGUUGCUCUUGGUGAUUUCUCUGCCAAGCUUGUACUGUGACCUGGGAUCAGUAUAUUACUCUUCCUAUGAAACAGUCACCCCCAAGAGUCUGACAGUGGAAGGAAGGGAAGACCAAGUGGAAAAGCUCUCCUAUGUGCUAUUUAUGCAGGGCCAGAAGCAGUUGAUUCAACUGAAGGUGAAGAGAGACUAUUUUGUGAAUAACUUUCCAGUCUUCAGCUACCACGAUGGCAUCCUGGGGCAAGAAAUGCCUUUCAUCUCACAUGACUGUCAUUAUGAAGGCUACAUAGAAGGAAUCCCAGGUUCUUUUGUUUCUGUCAACACCUGUUCAGGCCUCAGGGGCGUCCUGAUUAAGGAGGAAAAAUCCUAUGGCAUUGAGCCCAUGCACUCUUCAAAACGGUGUGAACAUGUGCUGUACACCAUGGCCCAUGAAGCUCCAGUCUCCUGUAGUGUCACUUCCAAUGACAGCCAAGUGGCAUUCACCAGCCGGCAACAAGAGAGCAGCAAGCCUCGCAGUCGGCAGGUGCCAUCCUACUUGUGGUCACACACCAAGUACGUGGAGAUGUUUGUCGUGGUCGACAACCAGCGGUUCCAAAUGUGGGGCAGUGACGUCAAUGAGACAGUCCAGAGAGUAAUGGACAUCAUUGCUCUGGCCAACAGCUUCACCAGGGGAAUAAACACAGAGGUGGUGCUGGCUGGAAUGGAGAUUUGGACUGAGGGGGACCUCAUAGAGGUCCCAGUGGACCUGCGAGUUGCACUCAGGAAUUUCAAUAGCUGGAGACAAGAGAGGCUCUUCCAUCGUGUGAAGCAUGAUGUUGCCCACAUGAUCGUUGGACACCAUCCUAAAGAGGAUACGGGGCAGGCAUUUCUCAGCGGUGCCUGUUCAAGUGAUUUUGCAGCAGCCAUUGAAUCCUUCCACCAUGAGGAUGUCCUCCUGUUUGCAGCACUCAUGGUCCAUGAGCUUGGGCACAACUUGGGUAUUCCGCAUGACCAUUCGGCCUGCGUUUGUAAAGAUAAACCCUUUGGCCUCAUGCGUGAAAAUAUCACUAAAGAAAGUGGCUUCAGCGACUGCAGCUCUGACUUCUUCUACCAGUUCCUCUGGGAACACAAAGGGGCCUGCCUAUUUAACAAGCCUGGGCACAGAGGCCGCUUACGGAGGAAAGCCCAAUGUGGUAAUGGUCUCCUGGAGGACACUGAACAGUGUGACUGUGGUUCUGAUUGUGACAUUCACCCGUGUUGUGACCAGGAAUGUAUGCUGAAGGCUCAUGCAUUGUGUAAUCCUGGACCCUGCUGUAAUAAUUCGUGCCAAUAUGAACCAACUGGACACAGCUGCCGUCCUGCUUUGGGGGAGUGUGACCUUCCAGAGUUUUGUCUUGGUAACUCUGGAGAAUGCCCCUCAGACACCUACAAGCAAGAUGGUACACCAUGUCAGCAAGGUUACUUCUGUGUUCAGGGUCACUGCAGGAACCAUGAUGUUCAAUGUGCUGACAUUUUUGGGUACCCUUCAAGAUCUGCCUCUCCUGACUGUUACCAGUUAUUUAACGUGAAAGGGAAUAGGUUUGGAAACUGUGGUAUUCCCAAUUCGAGUAACCCAGCAUAUAUUCAAUGUGCAGAGAAGGAUCUACUUUGUGGGAAAGUUGUAUGUACAAAUGUGCAACAGCUACCUAUUAUCAAACCCAAUUGUACACUGAUACAGGUCCCUCAUGGAGAUGACUACUGCUGGUCCAUGGAUCAGUAUGACACUACUGAUAUCCCUGAUUAUGGAGAUUCAGCGAGUGGCAAUCUCUGUGGCUCAGACAAAGUCUGCAUGGAGUCCUCCUGCAUAGAUUCCUCUGUUCUCAGUUAUGAUUGUGAUCUACAGGAAAUGUGUAAUGGAAAAGGAGUCUGCAACAAUUAUAAGCACUGCCAUUGUGAGGCUGGUUUUGCCCCUCCUAACUGCAAAACUCCAGGAACUGGUGGUAGUGUGGACAGUGGCCCCCCUGGUAUGGAACCUGAUGAACUGCCAGUAGGUGGAGGUGGAAAUGAAAACAAUACCACUGGUAACAAACGUCAAGAAGCUCUCUUAGACUCGAUGAUCAUAAUACUUCUUAUACUUUUUUUCAUAAUAUUAAUAAUCAUAAUUGUUUGCAUCACCAAGAUUUGUAGACAGGCAAAAGAAGAAGUCCCUCCACCAGAAGGGGAACCAGCAGAGGCUGCUGCAGCAGAUGCUGCCCUGGAAGAGGCUCCCCAAGAAGAGGAGGGAGAGAGAGAGGAGGAAGAGGAGGAAGAGGAAGAAUCAGAGCCAUAA